CUUCAUCGGUUCCUCCGGCUCCGUCAUCGCGACGCGACUAGGAUCGGGACCGCGUGAGGUCGCGACUUGCGAGCGCGACUGCGCGAGGAGGAGCCGCCGGCCGCCGCGGUCUCGCCUCGCCCAGAUCUCGCCGUGGUCUCGCCCUGCCCUCCACUCCCGCACGCGCAUAGGGCACAGGCGCACAGCUUCUCGCGCAGACCCCCGACGGCGUGUGCUCCCGCGUGUCCGCUCGCUCGACCCCCGACGGCGAACGGCCGGCACUCGACUCAAGCAGUCGGGCGGGCCUCGGCAGUCCGCCAGGCGCCAGGCGCCAGCGGGCAGCGGCCACGGCCCACGGCCAGUGACCUAGUCCCGCGUCCAGCAGCUCCGGUUGGAAUUAGUUGUAGCACACUGGUAUAUAUUGAAGAUCAGUGGUUGGUUGACUUGAAAGCACGGUUUAAACAUCACUUUUGUGUCAACGUUUGUUCUGCAAUAAUAUUCUUUACCAUAUCAUGGGGUUUGAGACCAUACCACCCCUACAAGAUCUUGUAGUGGAUAAGAGUGAGGUUGAAACCUCGCAAGUUGUGGGCUGUGGUUCAAUUGUCACAGAAAGGGUGGAAACGAAUCUGAGCAAGGAACCCUUUCUGCUAGUUCCCUUGGAAAAUAAGGAAGAGAAAGGAUCCCCUGGUUUAAUUUGUUAUCUUGAAAAUAACAAGGUCGAUGUUCCUGAGGCCAUCUCUCCAAGGGGAGAUAUACUUGAAUUGUCAAUCUCUACCAAGCCUACUGAUGAUAAUCUUUCAUUGGGUUGUGAGACACCACGUGAAAGCAUCUUUGAUCCAUUUGCUCCAGGGCCUGAGGAGGCGGCCUGUGCACCAAAGAAGAAAAUGGCUAGAGGUGUUGAAGUUCCACCUCGUAGGAAGCUAAAUUUUGAUUCAGGUGACUACCCAGUUAAAAGGUUAAGUUUUGAUAUUAGUGAUUCUGAAGAGGAGGAUCAAUAUCUCCAAGUGAUUCACAAGAUGAUCCUGGAUAUAUUAAUUGUAGAUGGCCCUCUUGAUGGACAGCAAGAAACUGGAAAGAAUGUGACAGAUUCAGGCCUACAUGGAAGCUGCAAGACACCUGAUUCGAAGCCUCUACUCACUGGCAUUGCAUCCACGUGCCCAGGUGCACCUUUGAGACCAUCUCUUAAAGCGUUGAAACUCAGCCCAGACAUUUGUCGGAAGAUUGACUUCGAUGCAGUCAGUGACUCCAAUAAAGAAAAUAAUUGAUGGUUCUGCCCCUCUUGAUUGACAAUAACAAGUAAUGAACUGUGCAUUUUGGGAUUGAAUGAUCUGCCCCAGGAGACAGCAUUUGGAACAGCUUUAAUCUGCCUAUCUGACAAUCUCAUGUAUCAGUAUCCUAUAUGCCGUUGUGGUAGCUUUAGCUAACCCAGAAGCUUUGGGGAUUAUUGCUGAUGAUAGAUAAGUACUUAAGUAGCAAGCAGUUUAAGUUAUACAUGUAAUCUAUAUUUGCUUUUCCUUUGUAACUGUCCUUGUGCUAGUUACCUCUUAGACUUAUAUCAGUAGAUCUGAGCUCUGACAAUGUUUUGUAAAUCUUCAGAUGAGCCUUGUUCCGUCUGAUUAAAGUAAUGCACCCGAUGCAGUUUCUUAAUAGCGGUUAAAUGAGCUCUGACCAUUGUAAAUCUUAAGACGACUGCAUGCAUUAGUAAAUCUA